AUGCCAGCACGGCGUGUGGCCACAGGAAGUCCAGUGCCAUUUGAAAAACGGAGCCCAUCGGCUGGUUUCCCAUUAGCAAACCGUGCAGAUCAGCGAGGCCGUUCAGCAGUAGCCCGACCUUAUCCAUCAACUCACGGAGAUGCAAUGGCCCAAGCAACUCCAGCAACCUUUACCCAGACUGAAGAUCUAUUCCAAUGGGUUACUAUGCCAACGGGACUUCCACUGUAUGUAUGUCGGCCGCAGUAUGGAGACCGAAUCCACGCAGAUGCUCGGCAGGAUACAGAGAAAGAAUUGCAACAGUUCUACCGACCCGUGGCAUACCAGCAGAUUUUUCCAUCCCGCCAGGGCUCCCAUUAUAUCCCCAUUAUCGGCGAGGAAGACAUCCCAUUCAGUACUCCUGACACGAUCGAUCAGGCGCUACAGGAGGUCGAGACUUGGGCAUUAGCCAGUACCGAUAAUACGCUGAAAAGUAUCGAGUCCGAUAAGGGAUAUUUCAGCGAGACCAAGGCAGACCGGCUACGAUAUUCUUCCGGAUUCCUGCUUCCGUCAUUCCCCCCCACAUCGUCCGUGCGAAUUAACAGCCAGGAGUUACAGCCACUAGUUGCCACCCCCCGGAAUCGCCGUACGGGCAAGUCGUUCCAGGAACAGUUAGCGUCCAUAGUACAGGCAUUCAUGGUACAGGGGACAGCCGGGCCCAUGCAGACGCUGCUGGAUUGGCAGACAUACGGGCUCAAAAUCCAUUACAAUACUACUGCCGCGGGACAUAUUACCUGGCACAGUAACGAGGAGAUCGGAUACCAGCACAUCCAGUUUACUAUAGGCGAUUUCCGCGGCUUCGUACAUGGGCUGGUCGGGGUCACCCAGCAGAAACUGUAUGAUAUCCUUGGCGUCAGCCAGACUCACGAGCUGCCAGUCAUCCCGUGA